AUGGCUGCACAAAUCUAUGUUGUCCGUCAUGCGGAAUCCGCCCAUAAUGUGUCAAAAGACUUCAAUCACCGUGACCCCCCUUUGACUGAGCUAGGCUUUCAGCAGGCUAGUCAGCUUGCACAAGCCUUCCCCUAUGGCCCACACGUGGGUGUUAUUCUUGUUUCACCGCUAAGACGAGCUAUCCAGACGACUCUUGCCGCAUUCCCACAUAUUCUAGACAAACGCUACUUCAGCCCAGACUCCGGCCAAGGCAUUGAAGACGGAGCAAUACUUAUUGUGGACCCUGAUCUACAAGAACGGAGCGGUUUCCCAUGCGACACAGGAUCCCCUCGCAGUCUCCUGGAAGAAACAUUUCCAUAUCUUCCCUUCGAUGGUUUGGAAGACACUUGGUAUGUCAAGGAAGCAGCCUACUCGUCCGAGAAUGAAGCCGUUGAGGAACGGGCGGCAAGAGUGCGUCAUUACAUUGCCCACUUGCUGGCGAAACUCAAAGACCAGGAGAAAAAUACUCUGAUUGUCUUGACGCACGGUGUUUUCAUGAAAUCCUUGGUCGGAGAUGACAGGAUUGACCUACCAAAAGCCGGUUGGAAAGCUUAUACGUUAAAAACAAGAGAAGCGAAUUAUACUUUUGUUCCGGCCGAAGGCUUAUGA